CUGUACAGUCUCAGACUGUAGGCUACUUAUAAGCACGGAACAAACUACCUUCACUUUCCCACAAUAUGGAUCGUAGCUGAGUUGAGUUGCUUUUGUCGAAGGAAAUAAGUGGAAUACAUCGUUUAAGCAUGGAGUUAAAGAGGCGAGUUGGCGAUUGGACGUCUCUAAUCCUUAAAUUAGGAUGUAUUGCGACUGCAUUAGCUGUUUCUGGUGAUGAUAAUAAAACAGGCCAAAAUCUUGACUGUACCCACAACUGCACAGACAUGAAUUGUCAGUUUGAAGCGCAAAACUGUUCUGAAUAUAAUCUGAUUCUCCAGAGCAACGACGGGCAUGGGGAGAAUCAUUGUCUUCUGAAGCAGUGCCACACUGGACUGUGUUGUUGCUCUGUCCAAAUGAUCCUUGUUCCAGGGGAGACUCAUACAGCAACAGUUUGGGAAAAAAGAGGCAAAAAAAUUGAGUCCAAAAACAUCAGCGUCGCAGACACCAUGAAGCCCCAAACCCCAACAAUCAUCUCAGUGAAUGAAUCCAACGGGAAUUUUGAAGUCCGAUGGGAGACAAACAUGGAGAGCCUUUGUGGUAACAGGUUGAAGGCUUGUGUGACUUACCAUAAAAAAGGAGACACAGAAAAAGUACGAACAUGUACACCUUUCAAACUGACAGAUGGACUCAAUUACUGUGAAAUACCUGGUCAACACUUGGAGCCAAGUAUGACAUAUGUGGUCAGCGUGAAAAGCCAAUCAAACUUGAGUGGCCUCUUCAGUGACAGCAGUGAAGAGAGGGAAUUCACAACCCCUGUGUCCCCUAAAAACCUGCAAUUGGCUAUCAUCAUCAGCCUCAGUAUUGCUGCAGUCAUCAUCAGUGGUGCUAUAUAUGGCUGUUAUGUAAAGUUCAAAACUAAGUGGUGGGACACAGUUGCCAAAUGUCCAAAUCCAAAACUUCUUAUUAUGCAUCCAAGUGAGCAAGAGGUCUUGAAGCCUAUGCCACCCAUCAUCUCCUCCAUAUGUGUUGAGCCCCUAGUUCCAGAUGACAACAAACUAUGGUCAAAGGAGUCACUGAGAGACACCAGCAGUGGGAGCCUUCAGCAAAGCAGUGGAAUCAGCACUGGCUCCUCUUGUCUCAGUUAUGCGAACACAGAACCUCCUGACAUUAAAGCCGUUGUUAAGGACGCCCUUGAUAAAGUCUUCCCCAAUAUCAGCCCUGUAUCGCCACUGACCACCAGUCCACUUACAGAAUUAAACAAAGAGAGUGGUUUAUUCUCAGAUUCGUACAACGCUUGUGGUGUCAGAGUUGAUGACAUUAAUUCUGGAUCAUCUGGCUUUGACAAUAAAACCUAUUCCAUCCUCCUUCCCAGCUGCCAAAAUGAGAUUAUGACACACAGCUCGGAGGUUCAGAAGCAGGCUGAAAUACUUUGCGACUCUGGAUACCAUCCUAGUGAGGGUGUCAUUGUGAUCUGUCCCUACCAACAGGUACCAGCUUGUCUUCUUGAUGAUUUACUACCAGUGGUUUCAUCUCUUAUGACAACAGACUUGUCAUAUCAGCAGUGCAAUGCAGAUUCUGGGAGAUUUUCACCUGCUGAAGACACCAGUUUGUCCUCCAUCUCUAGUGAAACCAACACAACUGCGUCAUGUGAUCCAAUAUCCAGAGUUGAGAGCUUUGAUGAGGUGGUCAUUGGUGCCACAAAGCUAAAUGGAAAAGCUGAAGAGGCCAUCCUAUGUGAUGACAAUCCCUGCUACAGAUGUGUGCCUGCAGGCUUACACAGCUGUCCUCCAGUGGAUGAUGACUACCAGGCAUUUCAAAAUCUAGUGGAUCAUGCCGAUCUUUUGUUUUCAGAGACGAGAAGUGUUGAGGGCGAGGAAAAUUUGAGCAAAUAUCCUGAGGAAUCAUUCAUCAACAUGCCUCAAAGCUUCUGUGGCCCAGUUGUUCCAGGUUCCAUUAAUAAUGUCCAAGGUGGCCAGUGUCUCUCUGAGCUCCAAAGACCUUUUCCCUCUUUUAUCUCUGCUGGCCAGUCUAUGCCAGUAAUCACUGACAGUGGCUAUCAAAGUGUGUAGCGCUUAAUUUUCAUGCAUUCAUUUGGCGGAAAAUUAUGAAGAUGAGAGAGAGGAUGAUCUAAUGGACUGUGGGGUUCAAGUCUGACAUAUGGCUCAAGUGUCAAACUUGGAUACAGCAGCAAAAAACUUUCACCUCAAGGUUCAUUUAGGAGAACUGUUUUGACAUGCUUUCUGUUUGCUAUAGUGAUUCAAAGAAAUCCCAACAUUUGUAGCUUAAGAACACUUAAUUUCUUUAACUGUGCAUAACAGCCGUUGAUGUGAAGCAUCCAUAAAGUUUGUACAUAAAAACAUUCAUGUAAAAUUUCUUUCAGAAACCAUGUACUUGUUUUGAGAUAAAGUUUGAAAAGUGUGCUUGCUGCAAAUGCUUGAACAAAACGACCACAGUCAGCUGAUGUAUCUGUCUCAAUCACAUUUAGCUCAUGGGAAACUGGUGUUGUAUUCCUUAGAUAUUAAUGAUCUGAGAGGAAAACUGUCUGAAAUCAUGUGUAACUUCUGUGAAAUAUAAAUCAACAGAAAAGCCAUAAUUAGAUUAGAUUAGAUUAGAUUAUUUCAAUCUUCCUCAGAGUUUGCUUUGACCAGGGGAGUCAUCACAAGGAAAUGGCAAAUAAACCGAAUUUGCCCAUUAACACUGAGCCUUUUAAGGGGAAAACAUUGACUUAACGCUGUGUCUGAGACAAGCCACAACAAUCAGUCAUGCUGACUUAGUGCUGUUCUGGGUUGGGAAAUUACUUCCUCAUAGCUCUUCUCUGGAACUGUUGAGCCACUUCCACAGAAACACAGAAACACACCAUCACCAUCACACAGUAGAUGAUACUCAUCAAAGCUAACACACUUAAUUCAAAGGAACAUUCACAUCAUUUGCAGUGGUGGAAGAAGUAUCAGAUCCUCUACCUAAGUAAAAGUACUAAUAAUAGACUGAAAAUGUCCUGCAUUCAAAAUCUUAUUUAAGUAAAAGUGUGUAAAUAUUAUCAGCAAAAUGUUCUUAAAGUGAAAGUAAACUCAUUCUAAAGUAAAAUGGUCUUUGAUGGUGUUUUACUAUUAUAUUAUGAUGUUUCUGGAUUAAUAUUACUGCUGCAUUAAUGCGAAUGUUGCCUUUUUCUGCUGUAGAUGUUUAAGGUUGUGCUAAUUUUGACUGCUUUACAUACUGCUGGGUAGUUUAAUCUACAACCAUGCAUUCUAUUAUAUAAGAUCAUCAUAUGUUUGUAGUGUCACUGUCCUGUGAAAUACACAAAUCUUUAAAAAGUGAA